AUGGCCAAGGCGGACUACUUCUGGGCUGUUACUGAUAAUAUGACGUGGGACGACUUUGAGAAAGAAUUUGGAAAUAGCUCCCAAAUACCCACUGGAGAUUAUUUCAGCCCUUGUAAGAGAGUUCCAGUAACCAACACUUGGGCUCUGGUUGCCGUUUAUGCACUGGUGUCCCUGCUGAGCUUGCUGGGAAACUCCCUGGUGAUGCUGGUCAUCUCAUCCAGGCGAAGGAGCUGCUCCGUCACCGAUGUCUACGUGCUGAACCUCGCCGUUGCCGACCUGCUCUUUUCGCUGACCCUGCCCUUCUGGGCUGUCUCCAAAUUGAAAGGCUGGAUUUUUGGCACGCCCCUGUGUAAGAUGGUCUCACUCCUGAAGGAAGUCAACUUCUUCAGCGGUAUCCUGCUACUGGCCUGCAUCAGUGUGGACCGAUACCUGGCCAUCGUCCAUGCCACGCGCACGCUGACCCGAAAGCGCCACUUGGUUAAGUUCAUAUGUCUAGGCCUCUGGAGUCUCUCUUUGAUUCUGUCCCUGCCCUUUGUCAUCUUCCGCCAGGCCUAUAAACCAUACGGUUCUGGAACAAUCUGCUACGAGGUCCUGGGUAAAGCCACAACAAAUUUUCGGAUAAUGUUGCGGGGCCUGUCCCACACAUUUGGCUUCCUCCUGCCGCUGCUGGUCAUGCUGUUCUGCUACGGGUCCACACUGCGCACGCUCUUUAAGGCCCGCAUGGCGCAGAAGCACCGGGCCGUGUGGGUCAUCUUUGCGGUUGUGCUUGUCUUUCUGCUCUGCUGGCUGCCCCACAACCUGGCCCUGCUCACAGACACUCUCUUAGACACCCGCUUGAUUGAGGACACCUGCAAGCGCCGCAGUGACAUCGACCAGGCCCUGUAUAUCACUGAGUUCCUGGCCUUUUCUCACAGCUGUCUCAACCCCAUCAUCUAUGCCUUCGUCGGCCAAAAUUUUCGUCGUGCGUUCCUCAAGAUCCUUGCGAACUGUGGCCUGGCUCGCAAGGAGGUUUUGACACCGCACCGUGCUGCCUUUCACACAUCUCUUACUGUCCGCUAA